AUGUAAGCAUUUCACUUCCCACUCCUUUAGCUGCUGGAUUUCAAUCACCGGCUCAAUAGUUUACGAUGCCGCACCAAGGAGUGGACUACUCGGCGUUCUUGAAGAGGCAUCUCAAAAUGAGUAAUGUACUCAAUGACAGACACAUUAAGUACACUGCAGAAGAAUUAAAAGAUGUCAUAAGAUGCGGCCUCGAACUGUUAAAACAAGAGAAUACCUUAGCAGAAAUUAACCCGCCUAUCGUAAUAGUAGGAGACAUUCACGGCCAAUACUUUGAUUUGUUGCGAAUGUUCAGCAAGUUUUCUGAAGGCAACCAACAUGGGAGCAUGCGAGUCAAGUACAUCUUUCUCGGUGAUUAUGUGGAUCGCGGCCGACGCUCUUUAGAAUGUGUAUGCCUAGUUUUCACUUUGAAAAUCUUAUUUCCACGGAAGUAUCAAUUAUUGCGAGGAAACCACGAGUGCAAAGGCAUCAAUCGCGUCUAUGGAUUCUACGACGAACUUCUUGAUCGCUUUGAAAAGGAAGAAGCGGAAAGGCUAUGGCUUGGUUUCAACGAAGUGUUCGCGUGGCUGCCCUUAGCGGGUCUGGUAGGGAAGAAGAUUUUGUGCAUGCAUGGAGGAAUAUCUGCUUACUUGAACUCCCUUGCAGACAUACGAAAAAUCGCACGGCCUUUGGAUGAACCUAACAACAAUCCCCUCGCCAUGGAUCUCCUUUGGGCUGAUCCCAUGCUUAACAUCCAAGGGUAUGCGCCAAACACCGUUCGAGGAGUAGCAACAUUCUUUGGGGAAGACACAGUACUCCAAUGUUGCGAAAAACUGCGAGUUGAUCUCAUAGUUCGAGCCCAUCAAAUGAUGAUGUCUGGAUAUGGUUUCUUUUGUAAUAGAAAAUUAAUCACUGUUUUCACAGCUCCUCGUUAUCAGCCUGAAGCGAACAACAAGGGUGCAGUCGUCUACGUCGACAAACAAGGAAAAAUUGGCUUCAAAGUGCUCUCACCGCUGGAGCAAGCUCCGGAUCAGGGCCAAGGAGAUGACACUCCAACAAAAGUAGCGGGACCUGACGACAAGUCUUUCCGAAUAAGAAGAGGCCAAAUGACUGGUCAACCUAGAUAGAAAACAAAAUUGGUAUGGAUUCAUGAAGAGUUUUUCGAAUACUUCAACUUCUAUUCCUCUGAUUGUUCCUAAUCGUGCGAGUGUGGUGUCUCAUUGCUGCAGUGAAUUGAUUAAAUUUUCU